AUGUGGUUGCGCUCCCUCUCCCCGACAUCAAUGAGUCCAACUUCGCCGGGGCCUUCCCUAACAUUCUUUUUUGAGAUAUCUCUGCCUGCCACCAUCGCACUAUCACCACCUCUCAGGCAGUCACGUCAACUUCAUCAUGUUCUUGCCUUGUACCCUGAAUUUUACCGGACGAGUCCAAGGAAGUCAGCCGCAAGCGUGUUAUCGUCUACUCUUCUCAUCGGCAUUCCUCCUAAAUUCAUACCGAAGCUCGGCGGCCGCUGUAUCGAUUGCAUCGGGCAGCAAGGAUUCCAAACCAUUCAGGAACCUACUCUUUCAAGUAUCAAUUUUCACGCAAGCCUCACCAGCCCGAAAGAAACUCUCAUGUCUCACAAAUUACCACACGUCAUCCCCAGGCAUUUUUCAGCCCUCCAGCAGUUCCAACGAGGCAAGCGAGGGAAUGGAUUGGCUUCUCUCGCUGAGCCUCUGCCCGUUUUCCCUCAUGCCCUCCGCAAAACACACCUGAACCCGCAAGACACUGAGGCUUUGGACGUAUUGCCCGCCACCUAUUUCGCUCAGAGACUCAUUCAUUUCAUUCGGUCAGUUCACGAUCAUAAUGCCCGAUUGAGCUCUACGAGGUACAUCUCUGGAACCGUCUCUGAUCCCUUCUUCAGCCGCGCCCAACAAUAUCCAAUUCUAUUCAAGUGGUCCAGAUUCCCUUAUAUGGAGAAGUUCUGCUCACCGAGUCCAUUUGGCACGGCAUUCAACGCCCCUUCAUACCGGAUAAAGCGGCUAAAGGACGUCCAUCUAGCCUCAUGGCAUUUUGCUCAACACAGGUUAGCUUUCCGGCUCGACAUGCGCCUCCACUCCGGAUCUCGGAGCCGGACAGCUUCCGAGUGUCGAAAGGAUGGCAUUCUGCCCUUUUCCCAUAUCAGCGAGUCAUCAGAGCUCCCCAAGAAUCGCGGACGAGCUCUUUCCCGAGAGAAGAAAUACCGUUCUCGGGAUGUGGAGUCUGUCUAUUUUGUCACUAUUCAGAUUGUAGGCUCACGGAAAAUCCCGUUCAUCGAGUUUUGGGUCGAAGGGAGCCUUCUCGACUCAUGGAAUUUACAAUUGCUACAAGUCACAAGUAAGAAAUGGGCGGCCAAGCCUCACCAGCCGUCUACAAUGCGCAAGCGAGACUUGGUUUACUCGCCUACGGCCGGAUGCUCGUCUAAUUUGCCUUUAAGCGCUAAGGUCUUGAUCCAGAAUUGCGGUCUAAUAAUCGAGAACUCUGCCGCCGGUUACCUGCCCCACAUCAUCCUCGUCUCGAGGAAAAUCAACUUUCCCAUCAUCAACAACAACAUUCUUUGUACGACGACGACCCACCCUCCAAAAUGCCCUCUUAGUUCACGCCCAAUGACGACUAGGAAUCCAAAAGAAAGACCGGGCAAUGGAGACUCCAAUAGUUUUAACAAGCGACAGUUGAUGCUGAUUGGCGGAAGUACCAACCCAAGCCCUGCAAUUGCAUUGCAAUGUUGUGGAAUAAGAAAUAAUCAUAGUUCGCAACCAGCAAUCUACCGGAGCCGAACUGGCCAUGGCUUGUAUUUGGGGGCGGCGGUCGAGCUUUUCUCGGAUAGAAGCCAUUCCGAUUUCGCGAAUAGACUCAAAAACCCCCCUCAAGCUGGAAUCCCUGGACAACCCAACCGUCUGCCUGCUGCUCACAACAAGACGCCAAGUCACAACCAGCCAGGCCUCUCAGGACGAACACCCUGCCACGUCCUUCUCACUUCUCAACAGCACAGAGGGAUUCCCACAGACCCCUCAACCGGUCACCGCUUCCCCCUUACGGCCGGAAAGCCAAUCAUCGGGGUAUGUUUCCGAGACUCUGGUGUUUCCAGAACCUUUUCGCCCGCUCGCUCUUUGAUGCCGUACACAUCAUCCGGGGAAGGUUCUGCCGGAAGGUUCCGCCGCCAGUUGGGACUUUCCGGCCUCCCGCACACGUUACCUGCAGAAGUUACUUUGCCUUGCUCAUUGACACUCGGACUACUCAUCAGCCACGCUGACCUGCAUGUUGGCGAUGCCAAGGUGAAGUGGUUCUAUCCCUUUGGGGGUACAGAAAGAUGGAAACUCAAGCCUCGCUAUUACAUCAAUGUUCCAAGAUGUCUCUUGUUCUAUGUGAACGGGUUUUCAAGGCGGUCUUCUCGAAAACAAGUUGUAACCUGGGACCCAUCUCACUACAGCGAUAACCAACGACGAAGCAAGAGGACCUCGCAAUGGCACACCUCCUACCUGACAGACUCUGUUAUUGCCUACAGUACCCACUCCUAUUGUGGAUAUAAAAGCAAUGAUCUGGAGAGCACCGAAAGCAAGUUCGAAGUCGUCUUCGGUGUCAUAAACAUGAGUCCAGAUUGCUUCUUCCUGUUGUUUAAGGCUAUGCGACCUUGA